AUGCUUAUCAAUGAAAAUGAUAUUAAUGUUAAUCAAACAAUUGUAAAAUCAUCAUCAUAUUUAAUAAUGUUAAAAAUAACAAAUAUAUUAAAAAUUGGUUAUAAUUAUAAAAAUAGUAGUAGUAACAGUCAAACUGUUGUAGUUGAUGCUAAAGGACACCUUCUCGGUCGUCUCGCUUCCAAAGUUGCCAAAGAGCUCCUUUGUGGACAAAAGGUCGUCGUCGUCCGUUGUGAGGAACUCGUCAUCUCCGGUCCAUUGUACCGUAACAAGUUAAAGUGGGCUUCUUUCCUUAACCUCACUUGCAAUACCAACCACGCCCGUGGUCAACGUCACAACCGUUCACCAUCAAAGAUCUUCUGGCGUGCCGUCCGUGGUAUGUUGCCACAUCGUACUCCACGUGGUAUGUUGGCUCUCCACAGAUUGAAGAUGUUCGAGGGUUGCCCAGCUCCAUACGACAGAGUCAAGAAGAUGGUUGUACCAGAGGCUCUCCGUGUCGUCAAGAUGAACCCAUGCCGUAAAUUCACCGUUCUCGGUCAAUUGGCCCAACAAGUCGGUUGGAAAUACAGAGACGUCGUUGCCAAGCUCGAAGUCACCAGAAAGCAAAAGGCUGCCUCCCACUACCGUAAGGCUGCUCUCCUCCGUCUUUACCAAUCUCAAGCUCUCAAGAAGGUCAAUGCUUAA